UCUAAGUGCUCAGUCAGAGCAAAUAUCACUGAACUUUUCUAAAACCUCCUUUCACCUGUGCUUUAGGAACUAAUCCAAACAUGUCAACUGAAAAAGAGAAAUCAGGUUCCAGUUCUGCUCCAGCUCCUCUGGAUUUGCCUGAGCCCCUCAGGGAUCUGAAGAUUAAAUAUACUAAGAUAUUUAUAAACAAUGAAUGGCACAAUUCAGUUAGUGGCAAAAAAUUUUCUGUCCUUAACCCUGCCACUGGAGAGAAAAUCUGUAAUGUGGAAGAAGGAGAUAAGGAGGAUAUCAACAAAGCUGUUAAAGCAGCAAGGAAAGCUUUUGAGCUUGGGUCCUGCUGGCGAACCAUGGAUGCUUCAGAAAGAGGAAGGCUGUUGAACAAACUCGCCGAUUUAGUUGAAAGGGAUCGUCUUCUGUUAGCUACGAUGGAAAGUAUAAAUGGUGGAAAACUUUUCUCCGACUCCUACCUAAGGGACUUAGGUGGCUGUAUCAACACAUUACGCUAUUGCGCAGGCUGGUCUGAUAAAAUCCAAGGACGUACCAUCCCAAUGGAUGGAAACUUUUUCACAUUUACAAGACAUGAGCCUGUUGGAGUCUGUGGCCAAAUUAUUCCUUGGAACUUCCCGCUGGUUAUGUUCAUUUGGAAGAUUGCCCCUGCUCUUUGCUGUGGAAACACAGUGGUCGUCAAGCCUGCAGAGCAAACUCCACUAACUGCUCUUCACAUGGGCUCUUUAAUUAAAGAGGCAGGAUUUCCACCCGGGGUAGUGAAUAUUGUGCCAGGAUAUGGACCUACUGCUGGCGCAGCCAUUUCCAGUCACAUGGACGUAGAUAAAGUGGCAUUCACGGGCUCUACUGAGGUUGGCAAGAUGAUCAAAGAAGCUGCUGGAAGAAGUAACCUGAAAAGAGUCACCUUGGAACUUGGAGGGAAAAGCCCCAAUAUCAUAUUUGCAGAUGCUGAUUUGGACAGUGCUGUGGAGUUUGCACACAUUGGGCUGUUUUACCAUCAGGGGCAAUGCUGCAUAGCUGGAUCUAGGAUUUUUGUGGAAGAGCAAAUAUAUGAUGAGUUUGUGCGUAGGAGUGUUCAGAGAGCUAAGAAAAAUGUACUUGGAGACCCAAUGACUCCCGGAGUACAUCAAGGUCCUCAGAUUGAUAAGGAGCAGUAUGAUAGAAUACUCACACUCAUUGAGAGUGGGAAGAAAGAAGGAGCCAAACUGGAAUGUGGAGGAGGCCCUUGGGGAGACAAAGGCUUCUUCAUCCAGCCUACAGUUUUCUCUGAUGUUACAGAUGAGAUGCGCAUUGCCAAAGAGGAGAUAUUUGGGCCAGUCCAGCAAAUCAUGAAGUUCAAGACUAUAGAUGAAGUUAUCAAAAGAGCAAACAAUACUCAAUAUGGACUUGCAGCUGCAGUGUUUACCAAAGAUAUUGAUAAAGCUCUGACAUUUGCAGCCGCUCUUCAGGCUGGAACUGUCUGGGUGAACUGCUAUAGUGUGGUGUCUGCUCAAACUCCUUUUGGGGGAUUCAAAAUGUCAGGAAAUGGCCGAGAGUUGGGAGAAUAUGGCCUUCAUGAGUAUACAGAAGUCAAGACAGUCACAAUCAAAAUUCCUCAUAAGAACUCAUAAUGGGACAGGAGGACUUGACAACAGCAGAAGCUAAGCAGGAUUGCAAAAUCUAGCUAUAUUGCAAAAUGUUUUGUAGCAGAAAUUUUCAUGUAAUUUGGGUUUUCUUUCUGUCUGUAAAAACAAAUGUGCUUAACAAUUAGCAGUCAUUUAGGAAAUCUUAAAUCUGUUUCUCUGAGAAAGGAAAGUCUUAAUGUCUGAACUUAAUUAGCAAGUAUUAAAUCUUAAUGAAAAAAGUAAUUUUAAUUUGCCCUCAUAUUUGAAUUUAUCUGUAGUGCUAUGGGAAAUAAAUUUGUGUACAUGUAAUAUUUACAUAAUCCAUUUUAGCAUGCUGUUAUAGAAUUGUUAGCUGUCUUCUCUUUGUUAUGAGCUUGGCAAAAGCAUUUUCAUAUGGCUAUCUAAUAGGUAUUUUGUAAUCAAAGGGAAAAUCAUUAGCAAUCUUCUUGUACAUGCUGUAGCUUUGAAAAUAUUCUUAAUAACUCUUGUGCAGAGGUAUUCUGGAUGUAAACUUUAUUAAAAUCUAUGUUUUUAAACUGU